GGGGACGAUGUUGUAGAGUGGAGUAGUGUGCCGCUUCGAGUUCAACAAUCUCAGUGCGUUCUGCCGUUCGUUGGAUCGCUCGUUCGAUUGUUCGUUUUCACAGAUCGGUUUUCAUAUCAUAGUGUGUGCGAAUUCGUUGCGUUGCGCGUUGUCGACAACGUUCAAAUUGCCAGUUCGCCAUUGUCUGCGCCACAGUUGUUGCCAUCUUGUUCCGUCGCAGUGGUCGCGCUCGCGCUGCCGGUUUCAGUCCUUGUUUCCCAUACCGCCGUUCCGCCGUAGUUCCGCCUCUGGUUGUUGCUGGUGUCAUUUCGUCGUUUGUUUGUUUGCAUUUGUGGAGUGAACUAUCGCGCCGCAAGUGAUAUACAACGAAGGCAAAAGACUGCAAAGCAAUAAAGCAAUAAAGCAGAAAAAGAAUCAAGAACUCUGCAAGACAACAACACCUCACACACACGCAUAUUGCAACUAUAUUCCACCAGUUUCAACUGAAAAGCGCUCCACCAAGUCAACAGUGCAGUUGCAAUAUAAGCAGCGAUAAGCAGCAAAAACAACAACAACAACAACUAUCCACAGUGCAGUUGAGCCAUCCCAAGGCAGCGGUCAGCAAUUAUUACAAUUGCCCAGUCAGCCGCCGUAGCGAACGUCUGGCGCUCGUCAAUGUCCAUCACGCGCAUUAGCGGCUUAGUAAAUAAUUAGCCAAAGCCAAAGCAAUAGUGAGCAAGCGGGUCAGUGUCAGUGGCGAUUGUUGAUUGUCAUCUUACAACAACAACAACAACAGUAACAACAGUAGCAGCAUCAACAGCAUCCGUAACAACACCAAGAGCCAAAGUGCAGAACAAACAAACAAACGGACAAACAAACAGAUAACAAUAACAAAGUACAGCAAAAUGUUGAAAACAAAAACGAACGAUGAUAAAGUGGAUACAUUGCUGACCAAGGGUCUGGUGCCGAUAAUUGAUCUCGCACAUUGCGGUAAGCGUUAUAUAUGGACCGAGGAGGCGCCCGUGCGUUCAGUUGUGAAUCGUGUUGGACAUCAGUUACAAAAAUGCAUGAAUGAGAAGGGUCUAUGCUUGCUUGUAAAUCAUGGUAUUUCCGAUGAAAAGUUGAAAACCGCUUGGGAUCAUCUAGAUGAUUUUGUUGACCUACCUAGUGACGUGAGGGAGCUGUACAUACGCACCGGAGAUGAUAAUCAUGGUUACGUGCGUCCUGGUGUUGAGCGUUUCAAUGGCAAAACGCCCGAAUUACGUCACGCUUUCAACAUUUGCACAUUGAAUGCAAAAAAUCUACCUGAGGAGCCCUUGCCCGGCUUUGCGGAACACAUAUCUUCAUUGGCACAGGAUUUCAAAGCGCUUUCGCGCUUCAUUCUCCAAGCACUUGCCGUCUCCCUCGACAUACCACAGUCGUUCUUCCUCGAGAAACACUCACACAUGUUGUCUGGUGAUCACGACAAUGAGUCCACUCUGCGCUUGCUGUAUUACCCACCCAUCAUCGAGGACACAGAUGACAAGAAUGACUUUGUCAAAGGCAGUUGCAUUUACAGCUACCAGCGCUGCUUGUCAGAUAAGCCUGAUUUCCGGCCCGAAACAAAUCCGCGUGAUGAAAUCAACGAAGUGGAUGGCAAUGAAGAGAACAAGAGCACCACCGAACGCCAAUUGCCUAAUGGCGAGAUGAUACGCUGUGGUGCGCACACAGAUUACGGUACAUUUACAUUAUUGGCACAAGACUCCGAGGGUGGACUGGAGGUGAAACUGCCCGGUAGUGAAAAGUGGCAACGUGUUGGACACUUGCCUGGUGCCAUACUGAUAAACUGCGGUGAAAUCUUAUCCAUAUGGACAAAGGAAAAAUAUCCCGCAUUGCCCCACCGUGUUGUGAUACCAGAGCAACAGCAUAUACGUACGCGAGGACGCCACUCAAUAGCAUUCUUCUGCCAUCCAGAUAACCUGACUAUGAUAUCACCAAAUGAUCUGCCCAACACCGACGCCGGCACAGACACAGUCGACAAGAAACCGCGCAAAAAGUCAUUCAAAGCGGCGAAAGAGAAGGUCUACAACGCUUACCAGUUGAUCCAGAAGAGAUUCCGAGAGACGUAUGGACAGCAAAACUCGCACUGAUCACACACUUUAGCUCCUAGCUCAUUGAUCCAUACUACAACUUACCUUCAAGCAUUGAUUAUUUAGCACAUAACUACCGUUAGGUGAAUAAAUAUUGCGCUGCAGUGUUCCAGUUGUAAUAACUCUAUACAUAAACGGAAGACAGCACUACCGGUACCCCUGAUUUGAGUAAUCUGACUUUGGUGGUUUCAAAGAACACGACGAGUUCCCCAAAUGAAGUACAGUUGUGCUGGUUUUUCAUUAAGUUUCAUUUAACUCAUUCAUGUUGUAUUUAUAUUUGUAUGUCAGACAUAAUUUGUAUUCGUAUUUUUAUUUAUACAUAUUUUAAUAGAAUUUUAUCCUAGUUGUACAUAUUACUAUAUACACCUUGGUACA